AUGCUAAACGGGCACUUGUUCAGUGUUUGGAGGACAAGUAUUGCUGUUGGUGCUUGCUUUGAUUAUCAUCCACAACAAAAGGAGCCUAGAAGAGAAGGAAAGAGAAAAGGAAAAGCUGCUCUUCCCAAAGAAAAGUACAAAUUUGAAAAGGAGAAGGCUUACUUUCAAGAGGUUGAUGCCUUUGAGUUGUUGGAAGAGAGAGAGGAGGCUGUGGGUGGUUGA